ACGAGGAUUAGUGAACGCACCACUACACUGGCAGCUAGCCUAGCCUGCUAACUUGGCUAAUCUGAUCGCCUGAGUUAAGCGCACGGAACGCCAGCCAGGAUUACCAAAUUUUAGUUUUCCAUAACUAGCGUUUGACGCGAUAUCUACCUGACGCCAAGCGGCCACUCGCGACCAGGAUGGCAUCGCUCGGGGAGCCUGUGCGGCUGGAAAGAGAUAUUAACCGUGCUAUCGAACUGCUCGAUAAGCUCCAGAGAACGGGGGAAGUGCCUCCCCAGAAGCUGCAGGCGCUGCAGAGGGUUUUACAGAGUGAAUUCUGUAACGCUGUCAGAGAAGUUUAUGAGCAUGUGUAUGAAACCGUGGACAUCAACAGCAGUCCUGAGGUCAGGGCCAACGCCACAGCUAAGGCUACUGUGGCGGCUUUUGCAGCAAGUGAGGGACACUCACACCCACGUGUGGUGGAACUACCUAAGACAGAGGAAGGCCUUGGAUUCAACAUAAUGGGUGGAAAGGAGCAAAAUUCCCCUAUUUACAUCUCACGGAUCAUCCCAGGAGGCAUUGCUGACCGUCAUGGAGGCCUGAAGCGAGGCGACCAGCUUCUUUCUGUUAACGGGGUGAGUGUUGAAGGCGAGCACCACGAGAAAGCUGUGGAACUCCUCAAAGCAGCUCAGGGCACAGUGAAGCUGGUAGUAAGGUACACUCCCAAAGUCUUAGAGGAAAUGGAGUCCCGCUUUGAGAAAAUGAGGUCGGCGAAGCGCCGGCAACAGAACAACUAUCCCCAGUAGGAUUUCCCAAUGUUGAUGCCCAGCUCCCGUGUCCCUCCUCCUCUAGCCUUCUGGCCAUCUGUUCUAGUCUCCUUUUCUUAUCUCCUGGCCCAAAAAAACAUUACAUACAUAAUUUAAAGUUUUAGUUGUGACUCACACAUUCCAUACAUUGUGCUUCUUUCCCUGUCUGUAGCAUUUUUAAUAUUCACCGUUGUAACUGCACUAGACACUACAACUCCAGAGGAACACUAGCAUGACUGCGAUUGUGAGUGAAGAUGGUCUCUCACACGUGUGCAUUAUUUUUGAAUUGACACUUUGAAUGCAACUGAGUACUUUAGCGACAGUCUACAGAGCUCCUUUGACUGGAAAGGUAGUGUUUUUAACUCUUUUAUCAGCCACUACCAAGUGCCUCAGGGCAAACACGUUCAUCCUAUGUACUGUGUUCACUGUUCUUGUUUUGUUUUAAACGGUUUAAAGUCAAGUACUGGUAAUUAAACACUUGCGGCAGGAAUUACUAUAUGCUUUGCAGCGGUCAUUUUCAAAGACUGUUUAAUUUGGGUUUGAGUACGGUUUCAUUUUAAUGGCCACUCUACAUGCAAGUCCAGAAUAGCUGGAGGAGCUUUUCGAGGAGUUGAAUUUGUUGGAAAAAAGGAAAAAAAAGAUAUUUAUAUGUUUGAUAAUAAGGGAAACCACUGAAAUGACACGUCAAAUCAAAAAUGAUGGAUUAUCUUUAAGUUAUUUUUUCUCUGGGUUUACCAUCACCGUCAUACCAUGCUAUGAACAAGUUCAUCAGGUACUGUAAGUGAUGUAAAAGGGUCUCUGCAAAUCAUGAACUGAGUUCCUGCCAACACACCGACUCACAUUUUUUACUUUUAUCAAAGUUAUAAAAGUACACAAGUAUACACUCAGUCAAGUCAGCAUGCACGAGAUGAAACCUGUUCUGCUUGUGAUUCAUUUUUCUUGACAUAAAUCAGAAAUGUACUUUAAGUCAUAUUUUUAUUUAGUCAGGUAGCUAAUGAGAAGUCAGUUACUUAACAUUUGACUGUGAUCUUUUCUGAAAACUGCUUCUUAGUAUUGUUGGCAUCAGUUAGUGACAGUGGAAAGCAUAAGAAGACAUUCAUGAUAUCAAGCAAUCUCUUCAUGUCACAGUUAAUGCCCAAUGUGAGCUUUCAUCAUUGUGUUAAUGAAUGAAAUGGCAGAUGUUGAUAUAACACACAUUGUAUAUGGCCAUUCAUCAAGACUACAGUCUUUAGGGCAUUAUGUUGUAAAUCAGUUGCAUUGGCAAACCAUUCGUUUCUAUUUGUCUGUCUGUUUUAACAUGUCACUCCAUGUCUUACAAAAAACAAAUAGUGUGUCUUAAGUCAAGCUUUUGCAACUUUUGGACUUUAUAUCCUGGUAUCAUUUAGAUCUGUAAUGGUUAAUUAUACCCACGUUACCAAGGCCGGAAUAAGGAUUAACAUUUAAAGACAAGACUGCAGCCGCACAUUUCAAUGAUUUAGUAAAUAGAUUAGUCAGAACCAUAGACUGGAUCUAAAGAUGGACGACAGUGACUCCACUUCCUCCUGUUGUACAAAAAUCAAUUUAAAAUAAUCUGGCUACGUGUGCCGCCAUCUUGCCCUUUCGAUGUCAUUUAUACACAUCAUAUACACAUAUACACACACAUAUAUGUCUCUACAGAUUUACUGCCAUACAGUACCAAGACAUUGUGGUGAUUUUAUUUAAUUAUUCCUACCAGUUGGUUUUGCUGCUUUAAACCCCCAUAUUUUAGUGGCAACCAUGUCCUCUGUUCCAUAUUUAUUAUGGGCUAAUAAAUGGCACAUCAUGUUAAAAUAAGAAGGAUGAUGACAAACAUUUUAUUACUGAACACUGCCAGUCGCUGGCAGUUCUGAUAUGUGGUCUAAAGCAGGCUAAUGUCAAACCCAUGCCAAUAACCCUCAGUAUACUACAAUACAUUCACAUAUACAGCACGUAUGUACAAGGGUUUACUAGUGUUUGCAGUAUUGACGAUCAACUAUCGUAUUAAUCUGUGUCAUGAGAAACAUUUUUGGGACUAUAAAUGAACGACUUGUCCAAGUCUUUCAUGCAACAUGUUAAUCACAAACAAGCAUGUCAUGUUUUUUCUAUACAAUACUUAAUUAUUCAACAUAUUAUAACAAAGGUUUUUAUUUUAAGACUUUUCUUCCGUUUCCAGCAAAGGGGGAAAAAGCAUUCUUAUGUAUCCACAUAAGUGUUUUGUUUCCAUUGUAGAUGUAAUAUCCUGUAUAUAGCAUAUAGCAUAACUUAAACUAGGCUUUAGCUGCGUAAGCCAUAAUAUUGUCCAGUCUCAGGAUCAACACAUCACAUCAUUGAGACAGGAAGGUGGUAACGAUGAGAUAGUUAUAGUGAGUAUAGUUAUUUAUCUAACUGGUGUUGAAAUGUAAACGGGUGGAGGAUAAAGUAACAUCAAAGCACGAGGGUGUUUCCUGAAAGCAGGAAAGCUUAACUUCUGUUUUCAUUUGAAUGGUGUAAUACAUGUCCUGCUCUUUGUGUGUCGUACCAUUCUUCAGAAAUCUUUUUUUGUUUUUUGUUAUGCUCUGUAGUGUUAAAUGGAUAUCCAGUCAAGUGUUUUGGCACAUGCUGUCAUGGCAUCACGACUAUAAACAGCUGUACAGUUAUUGUGACCAAGGCGUCACAAUUAGGCGUUUCCAUUUGUUUUUGUAGCUGCUUUUUUGGUGUAGUUAAUCCACAGCUUUUCUCUCUUGUUUUUCCAUUUAGUGUUUUUUUUCUUUUUGCAUAUAUUUUUCCACAAUCUCUCAACAUACUAUAAGGUCCAGUGCAACUUACUGUUACAUGUAUUUCUUCAGCAAACUGCAGUUACCUUAUUAAAAGGUAUUAAAGUCCAUAGGUACUUUUCGUCAUAAAAUAUUUUUAUUGUUUUCUCUCUAAUAAACGUGUGGGAUUUUGUGAUCGCAUCACUAAAUGCAAAAAAUAAAUAAUGUCAAUUUCAGUACAAGAUUAGGAAAAGAUUGGAGUGUAAGUUGGUGAUGUUGUGAUUUUUUUUUCUUCAAUAAUUGGAACUAAAAAUGUUGUUUGUGAAGUAAAAUUCAGAAAAAAAAUCAAGUUGCUUAUGGACAUCUGUUUAUUUGUCUGUUGCAGUCUCGACAUAUGUCCAUUGUUUGUUACCCUCCAUGUCAACUCAAAGUCUGCUGUUCCUUUAAAUGUCAAAUUUACCUGCAGGAUAAUGUUCUCAGUGGAAGGUUUCUAGCAACCUCUAUUGAGUUGUGUGUUGUAAUAAUAUAAGAGAGAGAUUCAUGAUGAGCACAUAGUAUUAGUAGGUCUUACUAUUAUUUUACUACUGAAUAUUAUUGAAACCUACAUGGACAAACAUCUAAAGUAAUACGAACCGCUGCACUCAAAGACAUUGGAGUUACACAAUGUGAGACAUUUACAAUGCUUGUUAUUGUAAGAUUCCCCUAUUGCUCACGACCAUAUUAACAGUUAAAAUUCCUGUGUGAUAUUAGCCUUUCUACCUAAUUAAUUAUUGUCCGGAUGCAUGUAGAAGAAGAAUAGGCUCGUGCGGACGUGUGGGUCUGUAGUAGACCAUUCCAUAGGUUUCCUUAAGCAGAGGUUUGUUGUGAGGUAGAAGAUUUAGCUGAAGAGUUUGGGGUGUACAUAAAAGUUGAAACGUCUUAAUAUAAUGAAUAGUUUGUUCCCUUACUUGUCUUUAUCCAACAUUAGAUAUCUAGUUCACUGCUCACACACACCAACACAUGUAUAGUAAAAUCAGGAAAGAAUGUGAUGAGGCUCACGCUCCACUGAAUGACACAAAUGUUUGUGAAGUCAUCUUCAACUUUCUACACAUUUUCCUUGUCUAUACAUUGGAAUGGUCAAUAAAGUAUUUUUUAUAAUAGUUUUCUUUUGAUGUUUUUCUCAAAUUUUAUAUGUGGUUUUCCUAAAACAUGAAUACCAGGAAUAAUUCGUAUUUCCGACUUUCUCUGAAACGCAGCACUGAUGUAGAACGGCUCAAUCCUUCCUGAUUAACGCACAGACUUAAAAAGAGAAACUGUCCUACAUCGGUGCUUCUUUUCCAAGAUAUGAGAUGAUUUGUCUUUUCUUUUUAGACCAAACUUGCCACAUUUGUGAACAUUUUGAUAAUGUUUUGAAAUGUUUUAGUCGCCGCUUGUUUUGGAUUAUUACCUGUAGACUGCGUUGUGUUAUGUUGUGUUAUCUAAUUUACUGUGUUACGUUUAUGUGGAAUGUAAAAGGUUGUGAUAUAGAACGUAACAAUAGUUGGACUGGAGAAUGAAUAAACUGUGCUUCAAUGUUGGA